AUGUAUGAAGAUAUAGUUAGUGACCUAGAGGCUCUUGAGACGACGCACAUGGACUGCGUCAACCCCGGGAUCAUUUCCACUCCCUGGCGCGUCGUUGGCACAUAUGAAGACUCCUUUGAGUACACUCGACCACCACCUUCUGAAGAGAAAAUGAACGGUGAUGUGCUGUCAUCUCGAAGUCACUCAGAGGGUCUGCCAUCCAGCCAAUACAACAAGCAACGCAGUCUAUUGACCAUAGACAUAUUUUCCUCCCCCAAAAAACUGAUUUCAAACCUUGACUCAUCUAACAUACUCAUCACCUGGCUGAAAAGUUUGCAUUCUUCAAUAAAAUCCCUAUCCAUAUCCUUUCCCAAUUGUCUCCCAGCUGAUUCCUACAAGGGCGCUAUCGACAACAUUACCACCAAAGGAGGCCCUAAUGGUGUCAGCAACCUUGCUGAGAAUGCAAAAUUAUUCAAGGUGGAAAAGACCUCCUUGAAAGGUGUCACUGAACAUGUGGCUCACGCGAGCACUAAACAACUUGGGAAAACUGGAGUUCACACCUUAUAUGCUGUUAUCCAUGUUCUAAUAUCUAUUUUGAGUCUGGUAUACUAG